GGCGCCGGCGCCCCGGUGUACCUGGCGGCCGUGCUGGAGUACCUGACGGCCGAGAUCCUGGAGCUGGCGGGCAACGCGGCCCGCGACAACAAGAAGACGCGCAUCAUCCCGCGCCACCUGCAGCUGGCCAUCCGCAACGACGAGGAGCUCAACAAGCUGCUGGGCAAGGUGACCAUCGCGCAGGGCGGCGUGCUGCCCAACAUCCAGGCC